AUGUUCGCCCGAGCCAUCCUCCUCAUCGCCUUCGUAUGCAACGUCUCAGGCACACCCUAUGUAGUCACCAACCCCAAGGACCUCCACAGCACCUGGUCCAGCGAUGACUACAGCGCCACACCCGAUCCCCAAGGCCAUUCCAUCCGAUGGGCGUUUACCGUAAAGGGACAUAACGGUGUUCCCGACCCAGGAAACUUUGCAGCUUCAUGCCACGGCCUGCAGGUCGUUUCUGAUGACCUCGAUCUGAAGGGGAAGCCUGACUUUGAGCGCUGUAACGACAUGGCGUACGAGGCUCGCCAGUACUUUUCUGGGCAGUUUACUACUGUCGAGGUUCGGCGCACUGAUUAUCCUGAUCUUGGGAAGGAGGUGCAGAUCUCUGCUACGGCGAAUUACAGCUCGACCAACGAUAAUAUUGUUGGUGAGCACUUGAAGUUUGGCGAUUUUCAGACCAAGUUCAUUUCUACACCUAUUUAG